AUGUCUAAUUUUACAUUCAACACAUUAAUUAAGGUUCUAUUAAUCUUAGGAGUUAUUGCAUAUACAGAACAGUUCGAUGUCGAUGAAGAUCAUUUGGCUGACACGCCAAAUCUCGACAGCGAUGUUCCCAACGUUGACGAGUCAGAAUCCUUACUAUCCAACGUAGUUUCCGAUGUUAACAAGACUUUAACAAACUUCUAUAACCAUGUAACAUCUGCUAACGUCACAGCAGAGAAUACCACUCAGUCAGCUAAUGAAACAAAGAAGCUUGUGAAAUGUAAAGAUAUUUAUGAGUCCGACGACCAUUUGGACCCCACUGUUGAAAUUAUAAAUGGCACAUAUUUAUCCAAGUUGUUACAAAUAAAACCAGAUAUCACAAGUAGGGAUAUGGAGGCAGAUUGUGUUUUGGUAUUAUUUUAUGCAAGACCGUGUCCAUUUAGCGCUCACGCGGCCCCACACUUCAAUGCAUUAGCCCGGUCUUACCCUAAUGUUAGAUUGGUUGCUUUAGAUGCAUUGAAGUACUACGGUAUUAAUGCACAGUAUGGGAUUGUUGGUGUGCCAACACUGAAAAUGUUCCACAAUGGACGCCCAGUUGGGAAAUUCAAUGGCACAGAGUAUAACAUACAGUCAUUCAGCAAAUUUGUGCAUGCCAUCACAGGGAAGCAUCCACAAGGGUUACUCGUCACAUCAAAGGACUUCCAAGGCCCAGUAUCGAGUGUUGUUGAAAAGGAUACAGACCACUUUUUGAUAUUAUCUUGGUUGUUCAUUAUAGUAUGUGGUUUGUAUUACUUUAUGCAAUCAAAAUGGUGGAGAAUGAUUGUGGAGAUGGUGCAGAACAAUUGGAGAGAGAGUGAAGCACAGCACGAACACAAUGAUUAGUCUAAUGUCAUUCAAUAUUAUUUUUAGGUGCAUGUUUUUGUUACAUUUAUUAAACAGUUAUAUUUAUGACAAGGCUGUUAUCAUAAUAUUAUUAUAAUUAUAUCCUUAUUUCGCUGAUCAUUCUAUUUACUGUGUAAUUGCAAAAUUGAAGUCACUGUUGAAGUAC